GGCCUGGGUCCUGGGCUGUGGGCCAUCUGGGGCAGGAGUCCGAGGUGCGGGAGUGUGUCCCGAGGCGGCGCUGGCGGCUCCCGGAAGCUCUUUCCCAUUUCCUUUCCUUUCCCCCCGUCUUCUCAGUGUGAUUUCCUUGACUCCACUUUUUGCAAAGACUGAGUUUGCUUCAGCAUCCACAAACUCUUCACCUCAGAUUGGUUCCUGUGUGUUUUCUGUUUGCAAGUCAGCAGGAGUUAAGCAUAUACCAGCUGAAAAGCCAAAUAAGGAAAUGCAUCCCUUCUUCCAGCAGUUCUAAGUUAACUUGGCCAAAGCCAGUUUUUCUGUUAGCUUGGGCAGCAAAGUGAAAAGAGAAUGCUCCACUUUAAGCGAUGUCAGCUUCUGAAACAGAUAGCUCAGAAAUGCUUGUCUCGCAUCCAUGUGAAAACAGAUAAACAUCCACAGCUAUUUCUUUCAAGAACCUUUGCGCUUACAGAAUUAAGGAAAUCAUGGCAUUCCAUCUAUUCUCUUGUUGGAGACAAAAAUAUUAUCCUGAUGGGACCUCCUGGUGCUGGGAAAACAACAGUAGGCAGGAUAAUAGGCCAGAAACUGGGUUGUUGUGUCAUCGAUGUGGAUGAUGAUAUCCUUGAAAAAACCUGGAAUAUGAGUGUGUCUGAAAAAUUGCAGGAUGUUGGUAAUGAGCAAUUUUUAGAAGAGGAAGGAAAAGCCGUGUUAAACUUCUCUGCAUCUGGAAGUGUGAUUUCCCUUACUGGGUCCAACCCAAUGCAUGAUGCUAGCAUGUGGCAUCUAAAGAAAAACGGGAUAAUUGUUUAUCUGGAUGUACCUCUACUAGAUAUAGUCAGUCGUCUAAAAUUAAUGAAAACAGAUAGGAUUGUAGGUCAGAAUUCUGGAACCUCUAUGAAGGACUUACUUAAGUUUAGAAGACAGUACUAUAAGAAGUGGUACGAUACUCGUGUUUUUUGUGAAAGUGGGGCUUCCCCGGAGGAGGUAGCCAACAAAGUGCUGAGUGCAGUUAAAAGAUACCAAGAUGUGGAUUCAGAAACAUUCAUUUCCACAAGACACAUUUGGCCUAAAGACUGUGAACAGAAAAUUCCAGCGAAAUUCUUUAGUGAAGCUGUGAUUGAGGGGUUAGCUUCUGACGGUGGACUUUUUGUUCCUGAGAAGGAGUUUCCAAAGUUAAACUGUGGGGAGUGGAAAAGCCUGGUAGGAGCAACAUACAUAGAAAGAGCACAGAUACUUCUGGAAAAAUGUAUACAUCCUGCUGACAUACCUGCUGCCAAGCUGGGAGAAAUGAUUGAAACUGCUUAUGGGGAAAACUUUGCCUGCUCAAAAAUCGCCCCUGUCAGGCACCUGUCAGGCAACCAGUUCAUCCUGGAGUUGUUUCAUGGACCAACAGGAUCAUUUAAAGAUCUGUCUUUACAGCUCAUGCCCCAUCUUUUUGCACACUGUAUUCCACCAAGUUGCAAUUUUAUGAUACUUGUAGCCACCUCAGGAGACACCGGAAGUGCAGUCUUAAAUGGCUUUAGUCGUCUUAAUAAGAAUGACAAGCAGAGAAUAGCCGUGGCCACAUUUUUUCCUGAAGACGGAGUCAGUGAUUUUCAAAAAGCACAAAUAAUUGGCAGUCAGAAUGAAAAUGGAUGGGCGCUAGGUGUCAAGUCAGAUUUUGAUUUCUGCCAGACAUCUAUAAAAAGAAUUUUUCAAGAUUCUGAUUUUACUGGCUUUCUUGCUGUGGAAUAUGGAACUGUCUUAAGUUCAGCUAAUUCCAUAAACUGGGGCCGACUGCUUCCCCAAGUAGUUUAUCAUGCUUCUGCAUACCUUGAUCUUGUUAGCCAAGGAUUUAUUUCUUUUGGAAGCCCAGUUGAUGUGUGUAUUCCCACAGGAAACUUUGGUAACAUUUUAGCAGCAGUGUAUGCCAAAACCAUGGGAGUCCCUAUUCGAAAAUUUAUCUGUGCUUCUAAUCAGAACCAUGUUUUGACUGAUUUUAUAAAAACAGGACAUUAUGAUAUAAGGGAAAGAAAACUAGCACGGACCUUUUCACCAGCAAUUGAUAUCCUCAAAUCUUCAAACCUGGAACGACAUUUACACCUGAUGGCUAAUAAAGAUGGACAGUUAAUGAGAAGACUGUUUAAUCAGUUAGAAGAGGAGCAUCACUUCCAGAUAGAGAAGAUCCUAGUUGAGAAACUUCAGCAGGAUUUCGUGGCCGACUGGUGCUCCGAGGGAGAGUGCCUGGCAGCUAUUCACUCUACCUACAACACUUCGGGGUACAUUCUGGACCCACACACUGCAAUUGCUAAAGUAGUUGCAGACAGAAUGCAAGACAAAACUUGCCCAGUGAUUGUAUCCUCUACAGCUCAUUACUCCAAGUUUGCACCUGCUAUCAUGCAGGCUUUAAAGAUCAGAGAAAUCAAUCAGACUUCAUCAAGUCAGGUUUACUUACUAAGUUCAUACAAUGCCUUACCUCCACCACAUGAGGCUUUAUUAGAGAGAACAAAACAGCCAGAGAAGAUGGAGCACCAGGUCUGUGCAGCUGAUGUGAAUGUCCUGAAGAAUUAUGUGGAAAAACUUGCACAAAAUCAAUUCAUAUGAAAGUUUUCUGAGUAAAAGAAAAAAAAAAAUAUUCUGGUGAAAAGCAUGCAGUAAUAAAUCACAAAAGUUGAUUUUGAGUACAAAUAACAUUUUGUUUUUUAUGCAAAUAUGUAUGUCUGUAUAUAGAUCUGUUAUCUUUUGGAAUUUCAGUAGCCUCAUCUCUAGGUCUGUCCAUUGUCCCUACACAUGCUUCUUGGAUCCUUAAUCUAGAAGUGACAGAAAGUAGCGUAAUGCAUGGACCCUUGUGCUGUGUUCUGCACCCAUGCGGGAUAUAUCAGUUUCUCUUCCCUCAUCCCCACUUUUGAAUGGACCAAAAUGUCUGGUACUCUAUCUGACACUUAAAAUAUUUCAGCAUAGUUGUUACAUAGUAUAUCUGUAACCAUUAUUAGUUCUUUAUUGACUAGAAAGAUAAUGUACACUCUAAUGGUUAACUUAUUUAGAAGAAGUAGUAAGCACAUUUAUUAAGAAAUGGCUGGCAUUUUUGACUCUCCUCAAAUUCCAUUUUGGACUAUAAUUAAUUAAAUGGAUCCUAAACCAUCCGGAUUAGAUAAGUGUUCCAGCCUUCACUCCCCUUAGGAUGUGUAUAGUUAAGGUGAUGUAGUUUGAAAAUCAAGACACAAGAUUUAAAUCUAGGAUGUGAUCAACAGAACUACCUAGUAGUAGAUACAGAAAUAAAAUUGCAUAUCUGUUUCAAGAGAAAAGCUUUCCAAAAUUCAGAGUAUUUGAAUAGUCUUAAGUAUGGUUAUAGUUAUAGCAGUUUUCUUGUAUUAUUUGGACUCUAUUCCUAUAUAAUUUGUCUAUUGUCUUUUUUUUCAGUGAACAUUGUCUUUUUUGGCAGCUAAAACCACAUGCAAUUGAUGCACAUAUUUGGUGUUUCCUUCUUUGUAGUAACAAUACAUUAUAAUCAUGAUUUACAUUUGUGAAUUUCUUGAAUGUUUUAUUUCUGAAUUAAAAGAUUUGUUACUGAAAGGACCUGUUAGUGUAAUGGACUACUCUCAACCACAAGAUGGCAUUCCUAACAUAAUUUGUCUUUGCUGAUAAUAUUCUGUUUCAUUUUCUGGGAGAACUACCUCCAUAAAGAAACAUAUUGCAGGUUGUCAAGGAAAAAAUUGUAAAAGUUUAAUGAGCAGAAAUGAUUUGUUUAAAAAUUAAAAAAAUUAAACCAACUAUGGUAACUUUGGCUCUCCAGCUUCUAAAAAGUACAUUCUAAAACCAAAACUUGAAAACCAAGAGCAGUUACAAGAAAAUAAUGGAGGAUUCAAAGUUCACUUAUUCAUGUAUGUCUUAGUUAUUUUAUCAUUUGCUUUUAAGGAUAAGUGUUUCAGUAACCGAUAUGUUUAGAAAAUACAUGUAAAUUUUCCUGUGUGUAUGAGAAUGCACUAUUUUUCUGAAAGUGGGAGGGACAAUUUUGUUUGUUUUUAAAAGACAUGAUUUUUGCCCACGAGACUGUAGUGAAGGAGACAAUAUGUAAAAUUGAAUCAGGUUCAACAUAGAAGAGUUAUUGCAAGACAGUUCAUGAGUAAGUAAAAAGUAAGGGUUACAGUCAAGAGCUGUCGGAUUACCAUGGGCCAAUUAGAAAAGAUGUCACAGAAGACACAGAAGCUUCUGUGAGUCCUGAAGGGUAGCAAGAUUUUCUAGGUGAAAAGGAAGGGGAAGUACAUUCUAGGUAGACAAGGGAAAUAGGUACAGUGAGUUGCUCAAGAGAGCACAUUCCUUUAUCUCCAGUUCAUUUGUUCUCUUAUUUCAUGCUUUCACUUUUUCUCAAUACCAAGUCCAGCCCUUCCCUCUCAGCUAAUGACCUUGCCUCAGUCAAGAGGAAAUAAGCCAUCAGUGAAGACAUGGCUUCCUCUCACCAAGUGUCUAAAUCUGCUGGACUGUUUGUCUCCUCACCUGCUCCCCCUGGAUUGAAUUGGGUGGUAU